UCGUUAAAAUUCCUUUCAAGGUGUAGUUGUCAAUCGCUUUUCGUCGAAGUAACUAAAGUCGUAAAUGCGAAAAACCGUGCGCGAAAAUGGUUUUGUCUGUUACAAAACAUGCUAAAAUAACACCCAAAAAAAUAAAAUACGCGAUCGCAGCUGCCGCUCUAAUUGUAAUAAUCGCUGUAGCAGUAACUUUGGUAAUAAUAUUCAGACCAAAAGAUGAUAAAAAAAUAUUCAAAGGAGCUGUAGUAACCAACGGACCAGAAUGUUCACCAAUAGCAAGAGACAUUAUGACCAAAGGAGGAACCGUAGCAGAUGCAGCAGUAGCAGCUUUAUUUUGCGAAGGUCUCGCCCAACCCUACGCAAUGGGUUUAGGUGGUGGAUUUCUACUGACAAUGUACAAUCGAACUACAGGGGUAGUUCAAAUUUUAAACUCCAGGGAAAUAGCUCCAAAAGCGGCAACUAAAGACAUGUUCAAAGGCAACCCCGAUGCAUCCAGAGUUGGUGGAUUGGCUGUGGCGGUUCCAGCCGAACUCAAAGGCUACUGGGAGUUGUACAAGAAACACGGCGGAGGAGUUUCCUGGAGAGAACUCGUCCAACCGUCGGUGGAUUUGUGCAAAACCGGCCUGACGGUUACUCCUCAUUUGGAAGCCACGUUCAAACGACGCAAGCCAAUUAUUUUGGGCGACCCGAUUUUGAGCGAAAUGUUUGUCAACCCCCAAACGAACGAUGUAUACGUUGCAGGUGAUAAAUACACAAUGCGCAGAUUAUGUAAAACAUUGGAAAUUAUCGCCGAUGAAGGCGGCGAUGCUUUACAUAAUGGAUCAUUAACAGAGGGUCUGGUCGAUGAUAUUAAAAAACGCAAUGGAAUAAUAACCGUUGAUGAUUUACAUUCUUAUAGGCCGAAAUGGCAAGCUCCAUUAUCCAUUAAACUUUCGAGCGAACACACUGUAUAUACUCCACCACCGCCGGGUUCUGGAGCAGUAGUGGCGUUUAUUUUGAAUAUUUUAGACGGAUUUUUGGAUCUAAACGAUCCGGAAGCGUUCGAUAAUUACCAAAAAAUCGUGGAGAGCUUGAAAUUUUCGUACGCCAAGAGAAGCUUAUUGGGCGAUCCAGAGUUUGUUAACAUCACCGAGCUGCUUUCUUCGAUGUUAUCAAAAAAAUACGCCGAAAGUAUUCGAAGCCAAAUUAGUUUAAACUCCACACAAACGAACGCAUCUUAUUAUGGAGCCGAUACCAAUUUACCGGACGAUCACGGAACGGCCAAUAUUUGCAUACUAGCCCCCAACGGAGACGCGAUUACAGUAACCAGUACCACUAAUUACUAUUUCGGCGCGGCAUUCGUUUCGGAAAGCACGGGCAUCAUCAUGAACGACCAAAUGGACGAUUUCUCCAGCGAAAACAUCAUCAAUGUCUACGAUUACGCUCCGUCACCGUCUAAUUUCAUCGACCCCGGUAAACAACCGAUGUCUUCGAUGUCGCCCUCGAUUAUCGUCAAUAAAGAAGGCGACGUGGAGAUGCUAGUCGGAGCAGCUGGGGGAUCCAAAAUUAUCACCGGAAUUGCGCAGGUCGUAAUCAGACAUUUGUGGUACAAAACGGACCUCCAGCGAGCGAUGGAUUACAAACGGCUGCACCACCAGCUCUGGCCUAUGAGGAUCGACAUGGAGCCCGAAUUUCAAACCGAGGACGUGUACAUAGCCGAGGGCUUGCGAGAAAUAGGCCACAAUGUGACUUUCGUUGAUGGACUGGGAUUUGCGGCGGCGACGAGUAUUACUCGCAGGCAGGGAGAAUCUGUCUUUGGUACUUUCGACAGGAGGAGGUCGGGAUCCGUUUCCUAUUUGUGACCCGCCAUUUUUCUUUCGGCAUGUUUCGAGAAGGCGGCGGAACGAGUCUCAUGAACAAAAAAUUUUAACGGUUUUUUUAACGCCGCUCGGUCGUUUAAAUUUUUUUCGCGCGUUUUAAGUAGAUGAAUUAUGUACAUAUUAUUUGUAGGUGCCAGAUUUUACUAAUUGUUUGCGUUAGUAGAGGUAUUAAAUAGGUUAA